AUGGACGAGAAUGAACUUGAGUCUCCGCGAAAAAUACUUGGACGUUUAGAGAAAUUGCGGCAAUGGCAGGAAGAGCAGGAGAAGACACUCAUUGAGAAGCAAUGCAAGCAAAGGAAACUUUUGGCACAGGAACAGGAUAAAUUGUACAAAAUGUUAGGACAUAGUCAAUUCCCGGAUGCUGGGAGCAGUGAAAAAGGUGGAAUUGAUGGAGAAUUCAUAGAGAGGCUCAGUGGAGAGAAUAUGAUGUCGGCUCUAAUUGCCAAAUCCAGGCAGGAGGUACAGAAAAGGUCUCCGAUUAAUAAGAAGCCCUUCUUGAAGCGAGGUGAAGGGCUGACCAGUAGAUUUCGCGUGCAUCCAGAUCACUUUAAUCUCAAAAACAUCCCAAAAUGUAAGAAUCCACCCGGAAAGAGGAAGAUUAAGCUCACAAAUCUUCAGCAAACUGAAGUGCCUGCGAAUGUCCAGGAAGUGUUGGAUGAUAGCGAGAAACCACCAGCUGACGGAGAAGUAUCUGCAAAUAUCUUAGAUCCACAGUGUUGGAAGAAAUUGCUGGAAGCUAUGAAUCUCAAUCCGGACAAUGCUUCGAGACUCUUUCAGGAAUUUGCAAAAUUCACACUGAAUAAUUCGACUGAGAGUUCCAGCAGCAAGAAAUCCUGUGACCUUGAUAAUUUGAGCUUAUUUGAGCUGCUAGAAGAGAAGCUCCAAAAUUCAAGUCUUUCCUCAAAUUCAAGCACUGUUAGGAGACUUCUUAAAUACGACGAAAAUAAGGAGCAAUCAACUAAUGAUCACUGUCCUCAAGAUACAGAGGGCUUCAAAGCCCUGCCACAGUCAUCAGACGACGAAGAAACUGAGAACUCCGGCGAUGAAGUACAAAUAAGGAAGCCCCAAGUGAGAUUUUCGGAGCAAGUUGAAGUGAAUCAAUUGAGCGAUACCUCCGACGAUGAUCAGGAUGGCAAUAUGGUGUCAACUCCUCAGAGAUCCCACGACGAGUUCCUGAACUUUAAGUCAAAUCUUGAGAAGAAACUAUCAAGAUUCUCCGAUAGCGGAUCUGAAGGUGACAGCCGCGAGGAUUUACUUGUGAAGCGUAGUGAUGAGAUCAAGGCACGCCUGAAGGAGCUCGAGGAAGAGAUCGACAAGUUUCGCAAACAAAAUCAUUCCUUGACAAAGGAAAAGCAAAUGCACGAGUUGGCAAAAGUUGAAUUGGAAAACCGAAGGUUGGAAAUGGAGGAUCAACUCAAUGAUGAGCGUAUCAAGAUGGAAAUUUACUUUCACGAUGAAAGAAUGAAAAUUGCCGAUGACAAGGCGCGGUACGAGAAGAUGCUGAAAGAUUUUAAAGUUCCCACCAAGAAGGAAAGGGAGGAAGUGAAGAAGCUCAAAGAACGCGUUGAGGAGCUAGAGAAGGAGCUUAAAGAAAAAAUCACAAGACACGGAGCGGCACAGAGUCGGCAUAGAUCCCAAAUUCGUGGUCUUGAGAAAGAGAUCAAGGAGCAGGGAAGUGAGAUUGAGCAACUCAAAAAAGAGAACCGAAAACUUGAGGCGGAAAAUGUCCGUCUCCGACGGCAGAGUAACAACAAAACUCUUCAGGAAAUUAAAAGGAAUAUUGCUAAAUUGGCUCCUCCGUCGAUUCCUCCUGUUCAGGACACUCAUGGGCAGAAGAAUAGAAAAUCAUCUCCAGCAAGACGAAAAGAAUCUUCGAAAAGUAUGCAAAUGGAUGAAUUCUUUUUCUCCUCUGAUUUAGAAAAUGAAUCUAGCGAUGAGGAUGUGGCAGAAGAACCCAGAAAACUCGAGAUGAAAAGUGAAAUGCCCACAGGAAUCACUAAUGGAUCAUCCGAAGUCAAGCCGACUCAGCAAGUUGAUCUAAAGCGGGAAAUUGUUAAUUCAGAUGGGAGUCGCGAUAUUUGGUACCCAAAUGGGAAUCUGAAGAAAAUUUCAGCUGAUGGAAUGCUCAUCAGGAUGCUUUACUACAACAAGGACAUCAAGGAGACGGAUUUCAAUGCUGGCACUGUCAAAUAUUACUACGCAGAGAAUAAUACUUGGCACACGAGUUAUCUCGAUGGGUUGGAAAUCUACGAGUACCCCAACGGUGAGACGAAGCAUCUCCACAAGGAUGGCACGACGGAAAUUCACUUCCCCAAUGGUGCUGUGCUGACAAAAAAGCCCCAGAAUGAUGGGGAGAUUCACGAGGAGUGGCAAUAUGUCGACGGGACGCAGAUUUGUCGCAAAAACGGUGAGAUUAUCUACACAUUCCCCAAUGGACAACGGGAGAUCCAUAGCAGUGACCACAAGAGACGAGAAUAUCCGGACGGGACGGUGAAAUUCGUCUACAAUGAUGGUAGCCAAGAGACGCGGUACUCAAAUGGGCGCGUUCGCCUCAAAGAUCGCAACGGAAAGCUGGUCAUGGAUUCAGACACCAAGUCUCACAGAUGUGAUAGCUGAGGUGACAUUCUUCCUCUUUAAUCUCUAAAUAUUCUCCGGAAUUGUAUAAAUCUAAUCUUUCUUAAGUAA